AGAUCUGGCAAACCACGGCCCACUUCCUGUCACCAGCCGCUCGCAGCCAUGAUGCAGGAAGGGCUGGACGACGGACCUGAUUUCCUCUCCGAGGAGGACCGCGGGCCACGGGCGGUCAACGUGGAUCUGGAGAUGGACGCGACGCUGCAGGUGGACAUCUCAGACGCUCUAAGCGAGAGAGACAAGGUGAAGUUCACCGUCCACACCAAGAGCACGCUCCCCAACUUCAAGCAGAACGAGUUCUCGGUGGUCCGUCAGCACGAGGAGUUCAUCUGGCUGCACGACUCCUUUGUGGAAAAUGAAGACUAUGCAGGAUACAUCAUCCCCCCGGCGCCCCCCAGACCCGACUUUGAUGCGUCCAGAGAGAAGCUGCAGAAACUCGGGGAGGGAGAAGGCUCCAUGACCAAGGAGGAGUUCACCAAAAUGAAGCAGGAGCUGGAGGCGGAGUAUCUGGCCAUCUUUAAGAAGACGGUGGCCAUGCAUGAGGUCUUCCUGUGCCGCGUGGCCGCCCACCCCGUCCUCAGGAAAGACCUGAACUUCCACGUCUUCCUGGAGUAUAACCAGGAUCUGAGCGUUCGAGGGAAGAACAAGAAGGAGAAGCUGGAAGAUUUCUUCAAGAACGUGGUAAAGUCUGCGGACGGCGUCCUGGUGGCUGGAGUCAAGGACGUGGACGAUUUCUUCGAGCACGAGAAGACGUUCCUGUUGGAGUACCACAACCGGGUUAAGGACUCCUCGGCCAAAUGCGACCGGAUGAUCCGCUCGCACAAAAACGCCGCCGAUGACAUGAACAGAAUCGCCUCGUCUCUCUACACGCUGGGGACGCAGGACUCCACAGAUCUUUGCAAAUUCUUCCUGAAGGUGUCUGAGCUGUUUGAGAAGACCCGGAAAAUUGAGGCUCGGGUUGCAGCAGACGAAGACCUGAAGCUGGCCGACCUCCUCAAGUACUACCUGAGAGAGUCUCAGGCAGCAAAGGAUCUGCUGUACCGCAGGAGUCGCUCUCUGGUGGACUACGAGAACGCUAACAAGGCUCUGGAUAAAGCACGAGCGAAAAACAGGGACGUUAUGCAGGCGGAGAACAACCAGCAACUGUGCUGCCACAAGUUUGAAAAGAUCUCAGAGUCUGCAAAGCAAGAGCUCAUCGACUUCAAAACGAGACGAGUGGCUGCCUUCAGGAAAAACCUGGUGGAGCUGGCGGAGCUGGAGCUCAAACACGCCAAGGGGAACCUCCAGCUGCUGCAGAGCUGUCUGGGUGUCCUGAAAGGAAACACUUAACUGUCUGGACCCGCUGGACCCGCCACGAGGACUGAACCAGUGGAGACAGACGAGCGACACUAACAUUUCUGAACCGGAGAGCGAGAACAGGAAGUCCGUUUCCGUCAUCAGCUCCACUUGGUCCUCCUCUCCUUCUCUGGUUCCACAUCAGAAAGUGGCACCUGUUCUGAACCCGGUCCAGCAGAACCACUUGUUACAUUCAUGGCCUUCCUCUUCUCGUUUUUGAUUUGUCUUUACUCAGAAAAAAAAGUUUGGGGUCUUUCAGCUGCAGUGUGGAUCCGUCCAGUAGACGUGUUCCAGCCUCUGCAGCUCAGAGGUUCUGGAGCUCGGCGUGUUCCCGACUGUGCAGACGAGGUUGUCCUUCCUACAGAGUCUGAGCACACCGAGGGGUUCCGUCUCGCUCCGAGUCCAGGUGGAAAGCAUCAAACUGGAAGCUUCUGGGCGGGUUCUGAGGGUUCAACUGGACAGGAAGCUGUCCUGAGGAGAACGUCCGGACUCUGAGGAGGCCGAACAUCUUGAUGUGUUGGAAAUGGCGGCUCGUUCUGUUUCUGCUGCUCCUCCUGGAGUCCGGCCCCCCUCCUCUACCCCCAUUAUCAAAGUGUAAUAAUAAAGUCCUUGUAUAUGUUUUUAUGAACUAACAGACGCUCAUCAUCCGUGUGGCUCGGUUCUUCUGGUCUGACAAGCUUCUUCUUUAUCUUCUCGGCGGUGGAGCUUCAGUCUUGUUGCCUUAACGUCAGUCACACUUUGAUUUCCUGUAAGAACAGAAAAAAAAAUGAAUCACAUGUUCAGUUCCUGUUUUUUAACAGCACUGUAAAUGAAUGUUCUUCACUCUGAUGUGACCAAAGCUUUCGGAUCCAGAUGGAGAUGUGAGGAAUAAACUCACUGGUUGUUUGGUUGAACUUCAGCAGGUCUGUAAUCCACACGGCUCUCUCUCUCACGCUCAAUAAAGUCUUUAUGGACACUUUUCUUACAA